AAUCACGGCGCUCGGUAUAUUACAAUCGUAUCCUACAAAGUCGAUUGUAUUCGGAAGUAAACAUUGAGGAGUAAAGAUUAUUAUCGUACAUCCUCAGUUUUGUCAUUCAUCAACUAUGGAUGCAUCUUCACCUUUGGCGGCCAUGCGCCCCACCCCGACUCCGGCUUGGGGACAACAGUCUCGCCAUUACUUGCCUUCCCGGAACCCUUUUGGAUCCGGUAACAUUGCUAUUCGCGAGCAGCUGCAUCGAUCUAACACCGAUUAUUUCAACAACUCGACAGUCCGAGGUUCUUCUCCUGCUGCUAGUCUUGCAGCAGACCUUUCGCAAAACUUCCGAAUUGAUAGCGAGGAUAGUCCCCGAUUUCCGACUCCGCGUCGUGCACUUUUUACAUCAAAUAUGAUGGAAGCCAUCGAGAAUCGGGGUUACGUUACGACUCCACCGCUACCAAUGACUUCCUCUCCUUUGGGAGGAUUCGAUGCCAUGGAUAUCUCGCCCUUACCUAAUAAGGAGCCAUUCUUCAGCUCAUUCGAGGUCGCCUCGCCUACACCUCAGGGGACGCCUGGGGAUGAUGUGAUGAUGGAGUCGCCUAUACCUGUGAGCCGACAAUCUUCCAUGGGCUUGGAGCCGUCGAAGGUGUUGUUUGAUAGCCGAAAGCGAGGAGGAUUGCGCCGGCCCUCUCUAUCUCGAACCAAGGGUCACUCUACCAGCGCUCUUCUCUCCACUAAGUUGCAUCCAGAAAAUCAAGUUUCUACUUUUCGCUUUGGGCCCCAAUCUGCAACAAUGUCUCCUGGCGACUGCUUCGACGACUCCCCACUUCAAGAUCGGAGACCCUCUACGGCGCAUAGCCCUACCCCUGGCAAUGCUGGCUGUGCCCGGUCCAAGGCUCAGUUCGCAACACUUAACGGAGCUCGAGAUAUUCGCACAGGUUCAGGUUCCCCUAUUCCCAGCCACGUUCGUCGGGUCUCAAAUCCAUUUGCACGACCUCGUCGGCAGUACCGUCGAUCGAUCAGCAUGUUUGACAGCCCAGACGAUGUUGUGAAGGCUAGCUCGGAAGAACCUGCUUCCCGUAGCACGUUACAAUCCGUGAUGGACAUCGAGGAAUCCCAAGACCCGAUUCUACCUCAUUUCUACCCUGAUGGCGAGAACGAUAGUAUCCCGAGAAUUUCGAGAGAUACUUUCCUUGAUGUAUUAGAUGGAAAAUUCAACGAUAUUUACACGCAGAAGAUGGUAAUUGACUGUCGAUUCGAAUAUGAGUAUGAAGGAGGUCAUAUUGAUGCGGCUAUCAACUACAAUGACAAGGAACUCCUGGCGAAGCACCUCUUCGAGAACCCUAUGGAUGGGAAGACACUGUUGAUUUUCCACUGCGAAUAUUCUGCUUGCCGUGCACCAAUGAUGGCCCGCCACAUCCGGGCAUCGGACCGCAUGGUCAACGCAGAGUACUAUCCUCGACUGACGUACCCGGAAGUUUAUAUCCUCGAUGGCGGAUAUAGCGAGUUCUUCAUUGAGAAUCGCGAGCGCUGCUAUCCGCAAGCCUACGUCGAGAUGGGUGCUGAGGAGCACGCUAGAACUUGCGAGCGCGAAUUGGGCAAGUUGCAACAGAAGCGAAAAGGUCUGGGUAGAGCCAAGACCUUUGCUUUUGGGCAUCGAGAGUCCAUGGUUGAAGCCUCUCCUACUGCGCCUGAAAGACGCUAUGAACACCCUUCGCCAGUUAUGAUGAUUGGCAACUCACCGAUCCUUGGCAACAACCGAUCGCCUGCCCGUCGCAUGGCAUCCUUUUAAAUAUCUGCAGGCCUUUUCUAGGUCCAGGCCAGAGCAAACCCGAGACUACUGUCUCUUUCCUACUGACACUACUAGUCGUCGCACUACUCAUCAAAUCUUUGAUGUCCUUAUUUCCGACUGGGUUAUUUGAUUUAGUCGACUUUGUUUUUAUUAUACCCAUUUUUUCGUUUCAGCAUUAGACAGGCAUUUGCAUAGCAUACCGGCCGGUUGCAUUGCCCUGAGCUAUGUUGGAUCCGGUAUCUGAUUUGCUCAUUG